AUACAGGAAAUUAUGUCGUCGGUAUGGUUACAAAAACAGAGUGGAGCAUUUCAUUGCUCAGUCGGGUGUGUAAGAAAACGUGGUCAAUACCAAGACCAGGAGGUGCCACUUUUCACACUGCAAUGAUCAGACCAAUUGACACAACACAGACACAAAAACUGGGGCACAAGAAGUUGAUUUCAUAACUGACCCCAUGGAGAUAGAAGUAGAUUCAAACACCACCCACAAUGACUCAGACACCUGUACCAACCUGUAUGACCAUCGUGACUGGGCACAGUAUUUCCUGCCUACAGUGUAUUCUCUGAUUUGCAUUGUGGGUCUAUUGGGCAAUGUGUUGGCAUUGCAUGUCAUCUGGCCUAAUUUAAAAAAACUCAACUCCACAACUCUGUAUUCUGCCAACCUGGUGGUGUCGGACAUCUUGUUUUUGCUUGCUCUGCCCUUGCGUACGGUUUACUAUGCCAAGGGGUUCCACUGGCCAAUGGGGGAGGGUUUGUGCAAAGCCGUGGCGCUGCUGUUCUACAUCAACAUGUACGCCGGUGUCAACUUCAUGACUUGUUUGAGCGUGGACCGUUUUAUUGCAGUGGUGCUGCCGCUGCGCUUCUCCCGAUUCCGAAGGGUUCAGAAGGUGCGGUACAUCUGUGUUGCCGUAUGGGUCCUCGUAUUGAUGCAGACCCUGCCUUUGUUGUCGAUGCCCAUGACGAACGUGGAAAAAAGUGGUCACAUAACGUGUAUGGAAUAUCCCAACUUUGAGAAGAUUGACAACCUGCCUGUCAUGCUCAUCGGUGCCGUGGUGCUUGGCUUCGGCAUCCCUGUGAUCACCAUCCUGGUGUGUUAUUCUGCACUGUGCUCCAAGCUCCGCCUCCUGGCCAAGUCUAAUAAAUUGACAGAGAAGUCGGGUCGUAGUCGCAAAGCCAUCGGCGUGAUUUGCGCUGUCAUUCUUGUGUUUGUGGUGUGCUACACCCCUUACCACGUCGACCUUCUGCAGUACAUGAUCAGAAAGCUGCGGUAUAAGCCAGACUGCUCAGAACUGCAUGACUUUCAGAUCUCCCUUCACAUCACUGUCUGCUUAAUGAACCUUAACUCGUGUCUGGAUCCCUUUAUCUACUUCUUUGCCUGCAAGGGAUACAAGAAGAAGGUACUCAAACUGCUCAGGAAACACGUGAGCAUGUCCUUCUCGAGUGUGGUCAGGACGUCGCCUGAAGGCUCCUCCAAAGACGUGUUUGCUAAUGACAAAAUCCAUAUGAGCUCCAGAAGCACUCAAAAAGAGAGGAGCAGUGUGCUGUUGAGCACCAGCAAUGGUUUUGAAUAAUAAACAACAACAACAACAAAUGCAGUUCACUGUCUAUAUGAGACUGUUUCUUACAUUGGGAUUACUUUUUACACACUGUUCAAGUUAUUGUUUCAGAUGGUUGUUAAUAUUUUGUUUUGCUGUUUAAAGAUUAUUGCACAUUUGUCCUACAUAUUGCAGUUCAUUUGAGUGAAUUUGUUCUUAAUUUUUUUUAAUUGAUCUUUUGAAUAAUAAUAAUAUUAAAGCUGCAAGCAGUGAUGAAAGGGUUUUCGUACCCGGGCUCACUGCCAUCUGAUGGCUUCAAAGAGACUGGGAACAGUGAGCAAUAUGCAUUUAAAGAGGCAAAUAUAAAAGGAAUGGGUCAAAGUAAUUUAUAUGUGCCAAACUUCCUGAUGCCAGCUGGUGGAGCUAUGUCUAUAACUGAACAUUGGCAUGCAGAUGUCUUCAGACCAGUACUUUUAUUAAACAUAUGAAGUUUGGUGCAGAUUGAACAUUGUAUAAUUAAGUUAGUAUAAAGCAUGACAUAUCAUGUUGUAAAUAGGUGGCCCUAUGAUUAUAUCUGAAUAUUGGCCAUUAGAUGUCUUCAGACCGGAACUCUUACCAAAUAUGUGAAGUUUGGUACAGAUUGGACAUUGCAUGUUUAAGUUAAUGUAAAACAAGUCAUUUCUUGAUAACAGAAGGUGGCGCUAUGAUGAAUUGGAAUUGUGAUGGGAUAUUGGCAUUUAGAUGUGUCCGGGCCUGGACUCUUAUUGAACUUGUAAAGUUUGGGGUAAGUGAGUUAGAGUUAGAACAACUUCUAUUCCCAUAGCGAAACAUUGAACUUUGUCACGCUGCCACGGACACACCCUUUAAUAAAACUCGAGAUCUUCAGAAUUUAACACCACAAAGACAUUUAGAUUAGACUGAAAAAUAAAAUUAUGUUGAUGUCAUUAAAUCUUUAAGGAGGAGUUUGUUACAGAGUAAAACAUGUUACUUCCUGUUGCAAGCAGAUGGCGCUAUAACAUUUUUUUUUAAAUCCAUUUUUGCCACUUCUGGAGUGUGUGCAAAAUUUCAUGAGCAUGUUUAGGGUCUCAAAAAUGCGAUUUAUUUUGGAUAAUAAUAAUAAUAAUAAUAAAUGGAGCAACUCCAAUAGUGUCCUCUCACCUCUGUCCUUGGGCCCUAAAUAUAGCUGAUAUAUAUAUAUAUAUAUAUAUAUAUAUAUAUAUAUAUAUAUAUAUAUAUAUAUAUAUAUAUAUAUAUAUAUAUAUUAGGGGUGUAAUGGUUCACAAAAUUCACGGUUCGGUUCGAUACGAUACACUGAUGUCACGGUUCGGUUCGGUUCGGUUCGGUUCGGUACGUUUUAGAUACAGCAAAAUGUAAAAACAUCUCAACUUUUCAGAAUGCUGCAAGCGCACCGCGGGUCAUGUGACAAGAACUAACCAAUCAGCUUCAUCCUUUCCCGUAACAACGUUGAAAACUCAGCCAAGAUGAAGGAACAGCUGUUCACAGUUGUAUAUGGAUUGCAAUUUUGAAAUAAAUUUAGUAGCAGAGCUACUGCAAGCGAUUUUUAGAGCUGCAAAUCCAUUUAUCAUUCGCUGAAAUUUCCGCGUCUCAUGGAGAGAGCACGUCAUUGUUGCUUAGCAAAGACAGACGCCUCAUGAGCGCUUCUGCCCGAGCGCUUUGGAAAGGAGGAGAAAGACGCGCUUAGCGUUUUCCACGCGUUUUUAGGCGCGAUAUGUGAACGGCCCCUAAGGCGCUCGCUCACUCAGCACGCGCUGAAGGCUCGUUGCAAAAUGUCUAAUGCAUUUAACAGACCAGAAAUAUAAGUCUAUAACCCUGUAAUAUAACCCUGUCAUGUUGCAGAUGCGACAUACCGUUGUUUUUUUAUCCACCACUCUCUUGCCAUCACCAUUAUAGCUUAAAGGGAAUCCAAAGUGCACCCAAACACCAGACCUGUUGGUUACUGGAGGAUCUUCUUUUUUCUGGUAUGUUAAACACAUUGGCCAUUUUGCAACGAGCCUUCAGCGCGUACUGAGUGAGCGAGCGCCUGACUGAGUAGUACCCUAACAUAAACAUAUAAGUUGGUGUUUUUUUCUUCUUCGGGAGUGUCAGGGGCGUUGCCUGUUACGUCGUUUGGGUUAUUGGGCUACCUUGUUGAACGCAUAUCAUUAUAUUUCUCUUUUUUUUUUUUUUUUUUUUUUUUUUUUUUUUUAAUAUAAUGAAUUAGUCCAACGAACCGUUCGGUAUACAUAAUGCGUACCGCGUACCGAACCGAAAGCGUCGUACCGAACGGUUCAAUACGAAUACGCGUAUCGUUACACCCCUAAUAUAUAUAUAUAUAUAUAUAUAUAUAUAUAUAUAUAUAUAUAUAUAUAUAUAUAUAUAUAUAUAUAUAUAUAUAUAUAUAUAUAUAUUCAAUUCAUGUUUAUUUGAAUAGCGCUUUGUACGAUACAAAUCAUUGCAAAGCAACUUUACAGAAAAUUAAUUUUCUACAAUAUUUAGAAGUCAGUGGUGACUUUCAGUGUAUGUGCAUAUGGCAACUUUCUGAAAAAUUAAUACGACGCUAUUAACAGCAAUCACACAUGCAGCAUUAUUUGGUAGUUCUGUAUGUUGUUUUGGGGUUAGCAUCAUCUGGGGUCCUCUGAGGGUCAGCAAGCAUCAUCUCUUCUCAGGUGUUCUGGAUCCAGACUGGAGCUUUUGUAAAUCCCAUGGCAAAACAGAGAAACAAAUAGAGACAUAAUUAGCAUAUCUGCUGUUCCAACCAAGUAAAAUUAAUUGUUUAACCCAAGCUAAAGAAUAAUGUGCCUUUGAUCAGAUACAACUGCAGUCACAAAUUAUGAGAUGCAUUAUUUGAAUGGUUGGUGAAACAGAUGUGUUUUAGUCUAGAUUUAAACAGAGAGAGUGUGACUGAACCCCGAACAUUAUCAGGAAGGAUAAUCCAGAGUUUGGGAGCCAAUUGCAAAAAAGCUCUACCUCCUUUAGUGGACUUUGCUAUCCUAGGAACUUCCAAAAGUCAUGGUGGUUGGGAUGAUUUCAGUUUAUACCAGUGACUCAAAUUUUCUGAUUCCAGUCAUUCAGACACUUUUGAUACUUAAUCAUUCCAACACUGAGAUGUGACCAAUGAGUCACUGAAUUACUCUUUUUGUUUUGACUGAGGUCUCUGACUUUAGAAGUAUGCUAUUGGUUGGUGAUUUUAGUUGUCCUUAAAUAGUACAGCACAAGCACGUACUAUUAUAAUGUACCGUGCACAUAAGUGAGCAAGAACAAUCAUGACCAAAACCCCCUUAAGUGAGCUGUCUUACUGGAAAGAGUCACACUUUUAUCUUAGUGUUUCUUAUGCAGCAUUAAUAGUGUCUCAGGAUGAUAAACCUGGCAAUCACACUGACAAUGUCAUCAUAUAUUUAAAUCAGCCAGAAGAGCUUCCAAAGCACACAGCAAGACUUGCCUGGAUUUAUUAUGUUCAAUUUGGAGCUAUUUUAAAGCAACAUAUGAUCAAGAUGGAUACAUUUGAAUUUAAAUGAUGUUAUUUAAUUUUGACCAACAAGUAGAUAUGUUUACAUGGGCACCUUUCAUUACAAUUGGAAAGAAUGAAACAGUGUUUAAAUGAACGUUGAAUAAAGUUAUCAGGUUUACAUGUUAA